AUGGGCGUUGUCAAGAAGAAAAGGUCACACCAUGGGAAGGCGUCGCGCCAACAGUACUACACUGGCGCUCAAGUCGCUGGAGGCGGCAGCAUGGGCGCCGUGAACAGCACCAUCCCGUCGCUGACGAGCUUUGCGGAGGAAAACARCUAUCAGUACGGGUACGCUGGGCCCAGUGCGGGCGGGAACGGCCGGGCACUAACAUACGCGCAGCAGCAACUGAACAAGCAAAGACAGGAUUUUGAGCGCGUGCGCCUCAGACCGGAGCAGCUUAGCAACAUCAUACACGACGAGAGUGAUACGAUAUCGUUCCGAUCGCACCAGCUGAAGAAUUUCAUCAGUUCGAACGACGCGUUCAACAUGCUGAGUCUGACCACGGUACCGUGCGACAACAUCCGGAACUCCCGGGUGUUUAGCGAGCAGAUGGCGAAGUACCUCACGCAGAAGCAGCGGGAGCUUCUAGAAGCUCCCGCUGCUUCGUCGUCUGGGGACCCCGAGAACGAGCCGCCGAGGGCCCUAAAGUACUCGGAUCUCAUACUAGCCGCCGAGAACGGCACCCGCAGCCCCAAGGAUCUGGUAGAAGCCGUCUUUGUGCGCGGCGGCCCACUGAGGCACCAGCGUGACGGCGUGGUCGUGCGUCGCGACGACGCCGCGCUGGUGGGCAAGCUGCGCGGAGACCUCCGGGAGGCGCCCGAGGACUAUUGGACACAUAUGUAUAGGGAGGUGCUGGCUCAGUACCGCGAGGCCAGGCUACGAAUCAGACAGAAGGACUCCACUGCAGAGGAGAGGCAGGAGGACGCACGGUUGGAGCCGCAACAACAGGACUCACAGCAAGAUCAGCAGGAACCGCUAUCACAGCAGCAGCAGCAGCAGCAGCAGCAACAACAACAACAGGGGGCAGACGCAGCCCCACAGAAUCCCAGUGGAGCCUCGACAGAAAAGGAAGCGGUGCCUGCAGUCGACGACCCGCUGGAGAACAUGUUCGGAGAUUACUCCGCCGAGCCCUUCAAUACAAACUUUGACGACGAGUUCGGAGAUCUCGACGCUGUGUUUUUCUAA